UCCAUCUGCCCUCCAUCUGCCCUCCAUCUGCCCUCCACCGGCACCGACCGAUCCACCCCCCAUCCGCCAUGGCUGCCCGAGCACCCGGCUCCUUCGACAUCCUGCGCACCGUCACCCGCCAGAUCGAGACCGACAUCCGCGAUCUGGUGGACGUCCUGGCCCGGCCUGCGCCCCCGACCGACUUGGCGCUCCAGCAGCGCUUUCUUGACAAAGGCCUGGCCUUCGGAGCAGCCGUCCGCGAGGAUCUGGGCGACAUCACCAGCGGAGUCCAAGCCCAGCAGAUGCUCCAGCAGUACGGAGAGCAGACCCAACUGAUGAAGAGCAAGAUCGCCGAGCUCGAGUCGUAUCUGCAAAAAUACGGCUACACACCGAUAAGCCCGCCCGCCAACUCUGCACCGGCACCGGCACCGGCAGCGAAGUCGAGCCUCCCGGACGAUGGCGACUGUGACAUGAGUCUAGAGUCGAUCGACGACCAAUUCCACGAUGCCCAGGAGAGCCUGGCGACCCUGACCCCGCCCAAGGAACUCAUGAGCCGGCUCUCGCUCGGCACGCCCUCCAAGGCUCCCUCGGAGUUUUCGACAUCGUCUCCCGAUAUAGCGUCGCUGCGACGGCUGCAGUCGACCCUGAUCCAGUCGCCGCCCGCCCAUGGCGGUGUACAUGUCCACGACGAGCCGCCGAGUCCAACUAUGGAGAGUCUGGGCAUCUCGAGCCUGGCCAUGGCGCUGCUCGAAGAAGAGCAGAACCAAGGGGAUCUUGGCUCCAACCCGAAUGCCCGGCACUCCAAUGCCCUCUCACUCGAUCUCUCGCCCGUCAAGACGACGCUGAACGACACACCCAAGUCGGCCCGCGAUAGCCGCAAGUCCGACUCGCUCUUUUCAAACAUGCCGUCGGUGACGCAGUCCGAGUACUCGUCGCUCCCGACUCAUAUCACUGUUCAGAUCACCUUGAAGACCCUUAACAAUAUCAUAUCAGAAAUCAAUGAGCUUCUAACAGAUCAAAUGAUGAUGGGCAACCAGACCGACGUUUUUGAUUUGACCGAGCUGUCGAUCUCCUCCGGCAUGCACGAGCACCAACUCAAGCCAGCGAUCCUGGCGCUCCUGCAUCUCGCUGCCGUCAAACAGGUCACUCGGAAUGGAAUCGGAGCCUUCCAGGCUCUUUGAGCAAGACUGAAACCACUCUGAUUUGCUGUGUCAUAUAUAAAUGCAUGUGUCUGUGGUGUAUUACGUUCUCUUUUA